UAAUUAGCUCCCAAGGCGGAAAAUAAUACGUUUCAUUUUCAAUUUUAGGUCUCUCAAAAAGAUGUUUCUGAUAACCAUUGCUAUAUAUUUUUUCAACACUGCACAAGGCCAGCCAAUAUAUGAUGGGAUGUCAUUUCCAUUCAGAUGCAAAGAACAGCAAAACGCGUAUAACAUAUACAAAGAACGAAAUCAAGCCCUACAGUUGGAGUUAACCCUCUUACAGGAGAGGCAUGGGAACUUAAUCGACCAAGGGCAGUCGUUACAGCAGCAAAUAAACAAUCUACAAGAAAAACUCCAAAAUUGUACCGCAUGUCCAGAUGUGUGGAUUCCUUUAGAAAACAACUGUUACUUAUUUUCUAAUGCAAGUGCCACAUUUGAUGCAGCAAAAGAUAUUUGUAACAGAGCCGGCGCUUAUAUUCUUGAAGAUCAAAGCCCAAGGGAAAAGUCACUAACAAAAACAAAUGGUACAAACAGGAUGUGGAUUGGCGCGACAGAUAACCGUCAAGAAGGAGUCUAUGUCUAUGAAUCCACGGGGUCCAGGGUGAAUAAUAGCGAUUGGGUCACAGGUCAACCAAACGGAGGAAGAAAUGAAAGCUGCGCAGUAGCUUACAAGGAAGAAAAUUGGCAGUUGCAUGAUUAUCCAUGUAAUUAUAAGUUUGAUUACGUCUGCAAGAAAUCAAGAGAGAUUUUAGUCUGAUGUCGGCAUGACCUUUACUUCAUACAACCCUAACAAAAAUACUAUUGUGAACUAUAGUUUAGUAAACUAUAGUUUACUGUAGUAACUAUAGUUUACUGUUGUAAAUUUUGGUUAACUAUGUUGAUAUGUUGACGCUUUAAUUUACAAUUUUGACUAUUGUGAUACACAGCUACAUUAAGGAUCCCCAUAUCUACAUCAGCUUAUACAUAGGUUUUCGAAAACAAUGAUCACAUCCUUUGUAUUCUAUUUUGAGGGUAAGAAAAACUUAAGGGGAUAAUAAAUAAACAUUUUACAACAAGGAGAAACGGCAUGGAAUUCACAGAAUGUAUAUUAUCAUGUACAAAAAGGAGAAAUGUACAACACAUUUUUUGUAUGUUUACAAAACGUGUAUGGCAAAAUAAAAUUUACUCUGUAUUAAAUAUUUAUCAAAGGUAAGCGAAUUGAUGCAAGGUUGAACACCCCCAACUCUUCACAAAAAAUAUUUAAAAUCAAUAUUUAAAUGACUGGAAAAAUGAUUUCGCCGGAAACUCUAGCGUCGUAAAGAAAUUGAAGACUUGAUGAGUAUUUUCAACUGAAAAACCUUUAAUUUAGUAUUUUAUCUCCAUUUCUUUAUACACAUGAUCAUUUCAUUUAUUAACAUGUGAAAAUAGACACCUUCAUCAGAAUUGUUUUAACAUUCUAUGUCCCUUUGUUUAUGAAUGGGUGUAUCUAUGAACAAUACUGCAAAAUAAAACGGUGUUCAUCUUUCCUUAGUCACUGAA